GUCUCUGCCGCCCCUCGCCAACGCAGGGGGAGAAUUCCAUGGCGCUAGCUCGCUUCCUCCUCGUCCUUGUCCUCGGCGCGACAUUACUCUUUUCCAGUGCAGAGGCAGCCGGGGUUGGCGUGAGCUAUGGGAGAGUGGCGGACAACCUUCCGGACCCCGGUUCCGUGGUGCAGCUGCUCCAGCAUAAUGGCAUCACCAUGGUGAGGAUAUACGACACCAACCCCCAGGUGCUGACGUCGCUGGCAAACACCGGCAUCAAGGUGAUGGUCAUGGUGCCCAACGAGAACCUGGCCGACGCGGCCAGGAACCCGUCUUAUGCGCUCGAAUGGGUGCGGACCAACGUUGCGGCGUUCUUACCCGCCACGAAGAUCCAUGGCAUCUCCGUGGGGAAUGAGGUGUUCAAAUGGAGGUCGGACCUGAAUCUUCAGCUUGUCCCGGCCAUGACCAAUGUGCAUGACGCGCUGGUAAAGCUCGGCCUGACGGACGCCGUGAAGGUGACCACGCCUGUCGCGUUCGACGCGCUCAAGGACCCGACGUUCCCACCGUCCGCGGGCAGGUUCAAGGACGAAAUCGCGCAGUCGGUGAUGAAGCCCAUGCUCCAGUUCCUGCAGAAGACCAGCUCCUACCUCACCAUGAACAUCUACCCGUUCCUAGCGUACGCCAAUCAGCAGCCAGGCACGAUCUCCCUCGACUACGCCCUGGGGAACCCCAACACCGGCGUAAGCGAAGUCGACGCCGGCCCCACGUACACCAGCCUCCUCGACGCCCAGCUCGAUGCCACGUACUAUGCCAUGGAGGGUCUAGGGUUCCCCGACGUGAGCUUGUAUGUUACAGAGAGCGGAUGGCCGUCGCGCGGCGUGAUCCACCGCGGCGGCCGGAGGCUUUUGGACACCGGGGACGACGGAAGCGAGGCGGCCUCCGUUGCCAACGCCCAAGCGUACAACGAUAACCUCAUCAAACGCGUGCUGUCCGGGAAGACGGGCACCCCGCACCGCCCUGACGCCGACAUGGACGUGUACAUUUUCGCGCUCUUCAACGAGGACAACAAGGGCAGUCCCGACGACGUCGAGGCCUACUUCGGCCUGUUCGACCACAACAUGAAGAAGGUAUAUGAGUUUAGCUUCCAAGGAGCGCCGGCCGCGAGCUGGUGCGUGGCGAACGCGGCGGUUGGGGACGCGCGGCUUCAGGCGGCACUGGACUACGCGUGCGGCAACGGCGCUGACUGCGACGCCAUCCAGCCCGGUGAGACGUGCUUCCAGCCCAACACCAAGGUCGCGCACGCCUCCUACGCGUUCAACAGCUACUACCAAAACAAGGGCCGGGCAGCCGGGACCUGCGACUUCAACGGCGCCGCCUCCGUUGUCUAUCAGGCACCAACAGACACCUGCUGGAGCUGGUGCGUGGCGAACGCGUCCGUUGGGGACGCAUGGCUCCAGUCGGCGCUGGAGUACGCGUGCGGUCAUGGCGCCGACUGCAGCGCCAUUCAGCCCGGCGCGGCGUGUUUCGAGCCAAACACUAAGGUCGCGCAUGCCUCCUACGCGUUCAACAGCUACUACCAAUACAACGGCCGGGCCAACGGGACGUGCGACUUCAAUGGCGCGGGCUCCGUCGUCUACCAGCCACAAAAGAUCGGAAACUGCGUGCUCCCACCUCCAAACGCAUGAACGGAUGGUGACGUUUGAGAAGGCACCACCUCCGUGUACCGGAUAAAUAAUAUUUAUGAUCCUUUA